AUGAGCGGGACGGUUAUCAUCGUAAUGGUAAACGAGGAGCCGAUAGCGACUCGAGCUCAUCGUCAGCGUCAAGUGAAGCUGAACAUGCCAGAAAACGUCGCAGAUUGCAAAACGGAAGCUUUGAGAGGGAUGAACAGACCUCGCGGACCGAGAACACCUCCAAUGCCACCGUGCGAGGAAGAAGUUCCACCUCCACCUAUUGUUCCUCCUCCGUUGGCAGCUAUCCCUCCUGCAGGUUAUCCCCCUCAGGUGGCAGUCGUCCCGCCGUCACCGUAUGGUGCCCCUCCUCCAAUGAUGUCUUUUCCGCCUUUCUAUCCACCACCCAUGUUUUACCCCGGAUGUCCUCCAAUGCCACCGUGCGAGGAAGAAGUUCCACCUCCACCUAUUGUUCCUCCUCCGUUGGCAGCUAUCCCACCUGCAGGUUAUCCCCCUCAGGUGGCAGUCGUCCCGCCGUCACCGUAUGGUGCCCCUCCUCCAAUGAUGUCUUUUCCGCCUUUCUAUCCACCACCCAUGUUUUUCCCCGGAUGUCCUCCAAUGCCACCAAUGCCGAUGAUGCCACAGUGUUCAUCAAUGAUCCAACCUACAAUACCGCCAGCAUCGGCGCAAGUGAAGCUAACAAUUUCUGAUUUUCCCGUCCAAAAACCACCCAAGAAAGAAGUUCCCAUAAACGAAGAAAGGAGGCUUGAACUCGAAAGAAAGAUCGAAGAGCAAAUCCGAAAGGAACAGGAAAGACGAAGACAGCUCGAGCUGCAGAAGGAACGUGAAAAGGGCGCACAAGAGCAAGUUGCUAAGGCGCCGUUGAGGUGUACGCCUCCUCCACCUCCACCUCCCGAUCUUACUUCAUCGUCACAAGCGAUUCCAAUGGAUCAAUCUCCUGCUACGUCACCCACGUUUGUUCCUCCAAUGGGCUCUCUCGCUUCCGAUCCGAUUCUCGUGGAUUUGUCAAAUUCGCAUUCUAAGCCGCAGAAAGCUAGCCCAAGAAAACGCUUAGAGAGACCUCGAGAUGUGCAGCCCAAGUUGGAAAAGGACCCGGUUCCCAACGGAGGCGGUGUUUCCCUUCCGGAAGAUAAGAAACAUAAACAAAUAAAGCAGGAGUCAUGCUCCCCUGUUCGAAGAGUGGAGGCGGACGUCGAGCGCCUUCCAGAAAUUCAAGUGGAAACGAAAAUUGAACUGUCAAAGAAAUCCGACAAUCAUAACGAAUGCCUGGUUUCCAAGGAAAUAGUGUCAUUGAAAGCAGAGUUGGUCGUGGAACCCCAAAUAGCAACAACGCUCAAGAAAUCUAGUGUUCCACCUGAGUGUUUGGAAGUGUCGAUGAAAAUGGAGAACGAUUCGGAAAUCAGUACACUGCCUUGCUCCAGUCAUGUUAUAUCGAUCGUUGAUGUUGAUCCACUUCACAAUGCCACUGCUAAAAAUGGUGUUGGGCUUACGCAUGAAAACAUUGUCGAAACAGCAACUCCAUCUUCGGUUGUUGGUGAUGGAGUUGAUCAGAAAGUGCCGGAAGAUUUGAAGGAUAAAAUCAAAAGCGCCGCUGCGGGAAAGGAGGUGCCUGCGCUUGUGAGUAACGGUCGGGAAGAAAGGGAGAAGACGAAGCGUGACGUAUUAGUGACUCCAAAGGCGUUUUCUGUGAAGCGUGAUGGAUUCGAUUUAAUGCCACAGGUUCCUCAAUGGCUGAUCUCGCUCGCGAUCGCACUCUCUCCCGUGGAUUUGUCAAAUCGCAUUCUAAGGCGGCAUGUUCCACCUGGGUGUUUGGAAGUGUCGGUGAAAAAGGAGAACGAUUCGGAAAUCAGUACACUGCCUUGCUCCAGUCAUGUUAUAUCGAUCGUUGAUGUUGAUCCACUUCACAAUGCCACUGCUAAAAAUGGUGUUGGGUUUACGCAUGAGAACAUUGUCGAAACAGCAACUCCAUCUUCGGUUGUUGGUGAUGGAGUUGAUCAGAAAGUGCCGGAAGAUUUGAAGGAUAAAAUCAAGAGCGCCGCUGCGGGAAAGGAGGUGCCUGCGCUUGUGAGUAACGGUCGGGAAGAAAGGGAGAAGACGAAGCGUGACGUAUUAGUGACUCCAAAGGCGUUUUCUGUGAAGCGUGAUGGAUUCGAUUCAAUGCCACAGAGUUCGACACCGAGCAAAGAUGUGCGCGGUCCUACUAAAACACCACGUAAGCAAAGUCGUGCAACCCUUGAGCCAUCGACAUCGUCUUCUACUUCCGUGGUAUCUCCAUCUCCCUCAAAGAAGCCCAAGCAGAAGAAUGGCGUUGAUGAACACAAUGCUGAUUGUGAGGCUACUUCAAGCAGUUCCAUGCGAAGUCAUAAAGAGGAAUCACGAAAACCGAGUAAAGUCAAAGAGGAAAAGAGUGAGUUCCACUCGCGAACCCCUCCACGUCUUCUGUUCUUUACACCAAUGGCACCAGCAGUAUUAUUGACAGCAACUCAGGAAGUCCGUCUUGUGACAGUCCGGCCAAGUGCGUCAAAGACAACUGUAGUACUUCAAGCGAUACGAAAGAACCAAGGGGUGAGAAGCGAGAUAAACUGCCGAGAAUUUCCAACAAGGUUAGUUUUACGGAAUCCGUUCCGAAAAUACGUCAUUGUUGAUACUCAUCCAAAUGGUGGUGCAUCUAUUCUGAGAACGGAUUGGAAUAACAUUCGCAAAAAUUUUGAUAAUGAAGAAAGGAUGGAAUUUGCGAAACAGUUCAUCCGGCUUGGACUGGCGGAAUCAAACGGUGUUCCUGUGUUUGUGAUCGGCGUACUUGAAAAUGCCGCUUCAUAUCUUGUUGUGUCUAAAACACGCUUGUUGAUGGAAUUUGCGAAGCAGUUCAUCCGGCUUGGACUGGCGGAAUCAAACGGUGUUCCUGUGUUUGUGAUCGGCGUACUUGAAAAUGCCGCUUCAUAUCUUGUUGACGUCUUUCAAUAUCUACACGACAAACAUCCACAUUUGCCAGUGAAGAUUGGAUCAUUAACGAAUAAGCAACUGGUCGAAACCAUGCCAUUCAACACGUACUACAAGCAAGUUAUGGAAACUUGCCAUCACGGAACAUUCAGAAGUGGUCCAAUGCAUUCGGUGUCGAUGGUUGGUGCAAAGCAGGAAGAGUGUGGAGACUACUUCGCAGAUCUGCUAGCGGAAUUGGAGAAAUCACCAAUUCUACGGCCAAUCAUGCCGUGGGGUGAAUGGUCAGCAUUGCAUAUCGACAACGUCACGGAGUGCGAUGAUGGCCCAAUAUUUUGGGUUAGGCCGGGUGAACAGCUAAUACGCACGGAUGACGUCAAAGACGAACGUGAAAGCAAACGGAGAAAGGCAAUGCCGACGGGGCGUGGACAUUCGCUUGCAAUACGUCACUACGAGCGCCGGGAGUUACUGUUCGAGGAUCGUACACCUUGCCAUGCUGAUCACGUUGGUGAUGGUCUAGAACGCAAAACAACCGCUGCUGUAGGCAUUCUGCAAUCGAUACGUGCUCCAAACGAAAAGCCGUCUCGCCGGGCUGUCAAGGAUGUGGUUUGUUUCCAUGCUGCAGAUUUCGAGCGUAUUGUGGAAACAUUGCAGCUUGAUCUCUACGAGCCUCCAAUGUCUCAAUGCGUUCAAUGGGUUGAGGAAGCGAAGUUGAACCAACUUCGACGGGAAGGUGUUCGAUAUUCUAAGUUUCAGCUUCAUCACAAUGACAUCUAUUUUCUGCCUCGAAAUAUCAUACAUCAGUUUCGUACCAUAUCAGCAUGUGCAUCAAUUGCUUGGCAUGUUCGUUUGCAGCAGUAUUACAUGGAUGAGGACACGAGUGCUGAGAAGGCUGAUAGCAUGAAGCUCGCUGUACGAGCUGUAUACGAUAAUCUCUCUUCUGAUCAGGAAAACCAUUCGAGUUUCGAGCCGGUUAUUUUGAUGCCUAUCUCGUGUUAA